AGCCCAAUAACUGCCGAAAAGAACUGGAGCAAUGGAUAUAUACACCAACAGGCUCAAUCUUCUGUCGGUGAAUUCCGCCAUGGCUUCCGGCUCUGAACUUCCUCUACAUUCACCAGAAACGACGUCGUCGGCUAUGGUGGUGGCGGAAGAGGAGGAGAAGCCGUUGGGGGAGAGAGUAUCAGCAGCAGCUUUGUCAAUUUAUAAUUCUCUUCCCAAAAAAGGAAAGCCUCAAGGGGGUGAAGUCACUGUUUUAGCGGCUUUUCUCCUCUCCAAUCCGUCUCAAGAGUUACAAGUGGUGGCAUUGGGCACGGGAACAAAAUGCAUAGGGCACUCACGGCGGAGUUCGAGAGGCGAGGUCGUGAAUGAUUCGCACGCCGAAAUUAUCGCCAGGAGAGCUCUUCUUAGGUACUUCUAUAUGGAGAUUGGAUGUCUGACCGAAAACUUUAGUAACCAUAGACAUAAUAAUGGAAGAAUACUGUUGCAUGGUGAUGAAAUCGCAUACUCGCCUUUACAUUUGGGCACCGAUAACUGUGGCAAAGGAAAAUACAAAUUGAGACCGGGCUGGCAGUUACAUUUGUACAUAUCACAGUUACCCUGUGGAGACACAUCACUCAGUUCCCAAUUGUUUACUUCAGUUGGUCCUUUGGAACAAAGGGAUAAGCAACACCACUCUGCAGACCAUGAUUCCAUGACCAAGGAAUUUUCAGAAUCUUCAGCAAUGGUGAACGGUAAUGUUGGGAAAUUUAACCUACGACUACUCCCUUGUAUCCCUGCUAUUUCAAUUUUGAAUUCCAUAUCACUGAAGAUAUACCUCGUUUUCCAUCAUUUAGUUGCUUUGCUCUGUUCACUUUCAAGGGUUGUCCAGGUUAUUGCAUUUGUAUUCCAGUUGUUGUACUGAUAUUCUUAGAAUGCUACUUUAGUGAAAACAAAGUGUUCAUAACGCGAGAGAGAGAGAGAGAGAGAGAGAGAGAGAGAGAAUU